AUGGCUACUUCCUUCAUCAACUCGCCAAUAUCUUUAAUUUCCGUCGCCGACAUUCGUUACCGUGGUAUUCUCACGAACAUUGAUCAUGAUGCAGCGACGUUGGGUCUCUCAAAUGUCUACUCUAUGGGCACGGAAAACAGGCGCCCCCCAGCGGAAUAUAUUCCUCCGCAGCCCAUGCCGUAUGACUAUGUCGUCUUUCGCGCGUCCGAGGUUCAAAACCUCGCGGUUGACACGGAGGCUCGACCUCAGCCACGGAAUAUAGUGAAUGAUCCAGCAGUCCUAGGCGUCAGUAUCACUUAUUCCCUUUCUCGCCUUCCACCUCAUGAUGAAAUAUUCACGGAUGUAAUAUCGUCCGAGAGCGCAAAAACCCAUGUGGAGCUUUCCGUUGCCUUCCUUCUGAGCCAUUUCCAUCGGUCCUCUACCUUUGUUGUCGUAAAGCUAACAUGCUCUCGACCACAGGUUCCUAACGCACCAUCCAAGCCCCAGCAACUGCCACCUCAAAACGGGCCAUCUCACGUUCAAAGCGAGGCUCCACCGGUUACUGUUCAUCAGCCUGCCACCACUGUGAAACCCUCAGCCCCUGUGCCCCAGCCAUCGCCCCAACCAGCGCCCCAACCAGUGCUUCAACCAGUCCCUCAACCAGUCUCUCAACCAGCCCCCCUGCCAGUCCCCCCUGUAUCUAGCUCACGAUUGCCUCUUGAUAACUCGCAAUCUCAGACCCAGUCACAACCUGCGCCUCAAGAACCCAGGCCCCAACAACCUAAUCCUCAGCCUCAAACUGUCCCAACACGACCUCGUCCACCUGUUGAUGAGAGUGGUCCCGUUCGUUCGGCGUCUACCUCUCUUGAAGCUGUCGAGAAGGCUUUGACAGACUUGCGGGUCUCUGCCCAACCUCUUCGGACCAGCCAUCCUGUUAUUAAUGGGUACCGUGGUCAGCAUCCCCGCCGAGGGGGUGGUGGCGGCAGGGGGAGAGGUUACGGCGGACGUGGUGGCGCCUUCCCUCGUGUGAGAAUUCCUCAGGAGGAUUUUGACUUUGUUGAAGCGAAUUCCAAAUUUGAUAAGGCAGCUCUCUACGCAGCUAAGUCCCCUCUGUCUGUAGGAACCCUCGCUCCGUCGGGGGCUGACAGUGCGGAUAUACCUGAGCCAGGCCAGAUAAUGGAGGAAAAAAAGGAGCCUCGGAAGUUCUAUGAUAAGAGUCGCUCGUUUUUUGAUGAUUUUUCCUCGGAUGCAAAUGUCAAGGACAUCGAUGCUCGACGCGGACGAGGUCGUGGUGGACGGGGGAUGGGGCGCCGGGACGAGGAAAGGACGAAGAACCUGACAACAUUCGGAGAGACCGGUGUGAAUCUUGGUGGAGGAUACUGGCUGGGUGGACGUGGGGGCGGAAGGGGAGGGUUCCGUGGCCGGAGACGCCCUUAUAACGCGAUAAAUCAAGUGAGCAACGUGUUUCCUGAGGCUUGA